GGGGGAGCCUUGAAACGGCGCCCGGGUUCCAUGUUUGCAUCCGCCUCUCGGGGAGGAAACUCCAUGUUGUAACAAAGUUUCCUCCGCGCCCCCUCCCUCCCCCUCCCCCUUAGAACCUGGCUCCCCUCCCCUCCGAAGCUCGCGGGGAUCCCUCCCCUCCCCCCCGUGCCCCGAUUCCGGCCCGAGCCGGGGGGGAGGCCGGGCGCCGGGGCCAGAGUCCGGCCGGAGGGGAGCGCGCCCGGCCCCAUGGACAGCUCGGCCGUCAUUACUCAGAUAAGCAAGGAGGAGGCGCGGGGCCCGCUGCGGGGCAAAGGUGACCAGAAGUCAGCCUCUUCCCAGAAGCCCCGGAGCCGGGGCAUCCUCCACUCGCUCUUCUGCUGCGUGUGCCGUGAAGAUGGGGAGGCCCUGCCCGCCCACAGCGGGGCGCCCCUGCUGGUGGAGGAGAACGGUGCCAUUCCCAAGCAGAGCCCAGUGCAGUACCUGCUCCCCGAGGCCAAAGCCCAGGACUCAGACAAGAUCUGUGUGGUCAUCGACCUGGAUGAGACCCUGGUCCACAGCUCCUUCAAGCCGGUGAACAACGCCGACUUCAUCAUCCCGGUGGAGAUCGAUGGGGUGGUCCACCAGGUCUAUGUGCUGAAGCGGCCCCAUGUGGAUGAGUUCCUGCAGCGAAUGGGUGAGCUCUUCGAGUGCGUGCUGUUCACAGCCAGCCUGGCCAAGUAUGCAGACCCAGUAGCUGACCUGCUGGACAAGUGGGGGGCUUUCCGGGCCCGGCUGUUCCGAGAGUCAUGUGUCUUCCACCGGGGGAACUACGUGAAGGACCUGAGUCGGCUGGGCCGAGACCUUCGGCGGGUGCUUAUCUUGGACAACUCCCCAGCCUCCUACGUCUUCCACCCAGACAACGCCGUCCCGGUGGCCUCCUGGUUUGAUAACAUGAGUGACACUGAACUCCAUGACCUCCUACCCUUCUUCGAGCAACUCAGCCGAGUGGAUGAUGUGUACUCAGUGCUCAGGCAGCCUCGGCCCGGCAGCUAGUGAGGCGCCGUGGGGCCAGGACCUGUCCUAGGCAGAAGCCUGCACCUCCUGACGCACAGACUCUGGGUACUUGCCUGUACUCUGUUAAGAAAACCUGCGGGCUGCACCAUGUUCAUGGCCCUGGGGAAGCAGGCAUCUCCCUACCAGCCCCACUGGGCUGCACCAAGGACGAUGAGCCCUGGGCCCAUGUCAGUGCCUUCAAACCUCCUCUCCCCUUUUCAGGGGGCCUGGGAGGCUGUGCCUGCUGCUUACCCUUUCUGUCUCCUUUCUCCGUGCUGCCAUGUUUCUGUGCUGCCAAAUUGGGCCCCUUAGCUCCAGUUCUGCUUUGGGGGUGGAGGCAGGGUUUCUGACCCCCCAGCCCAGGAACAGUGGACACCAAGUGCCUUGCAUAGACACCCCCCUUCCCUGUCAGCUCUCCCAAGGGCAAGGACACAGGUGGCUGCACUCUAGGUGUCCUGCCCAACCCCUACCUUGGGACUGAUGGAGCAAGCAGCAGUUUCUUCCCUAGGGAGGGCCGGGAGGGGAGGUCUGUGACCACCUGUGAAGGAGCAGCCAUUCUUCCUUCAGGAUCCCACAGCUCCACCUCUCCAAAGCUGGACCCCUGCUUCUGCCUUAACCACCCCAAGGCCCUGUGGCUUGGUUCCCUGAGCUCUGAGUAUGGGGGCAUAGGCAGGACCCCCUUGUGGUGCCAUAUAAAUAUGUAUAUGUGUAUAUAGAUUUUUAAGGGAAGGAGCGAGGGAAGGGUCAGGGUAGAGACACCCUUCCCUCGCUCCUUUCCUGGGCCCAGAAAUUGGGGGGAGGGAGAGAAAGGAUUUUUACAUUUUUUUAAACUGCUAUUUUCUGAAUUGAACAAGCUGGGCCAGGGGGCUGAGGCUCUGUCCUCCUCUGUCCCUCACAGCCCCUUUGCUCUGUUCAUUCAGAAAUACUCUUUGAGCACCUUCUAUGCCCACCAAUGUGCUAGGUCCACCAGCUAAGUGAGUGGGGGAGUCUCCACCCCCUAAUUGGUGCCUCUCCCCACUCGACUUCACAGGUGCCUUCCAGGUAUCUGCAGGAGGUGGGACUUUCUUGGGUUUGGGGGUUCUCCAGAAAACCUGGCCAGGUUGUCCCCCUCCCUUGUGCCAACCCACCCCCUGCAGCCUCCUCUGACCCCCUGCUGGCUGGGGCCCCCUGCUCCCAGUCCUGCCUUCCAAUUCUGACUUCUGUUUCUGAACCCCUGCCCCGCACCAGUGGAGUCUGGAGGUCAAGGCCUUGUGUUCUCCCCAGGGUCGUAGAGUUAAGGGGACCCCCAAUGCCAAGGGAAUUGGUGGGGGAGGGAGGCUACAGUUGGCCUGAGUCAAGGGUGACCAUCCCGUUAAGUGCCUUCUCUGACGGCCUCACAGUGUGAUAACUAAAGAGAAAGCCAGGUC